AUGGCUGCAAUGUACGGCAUGAACGCAAACUAUGACUCCACAGCCGCCUCCACGGGCAUGCCCAUCGGCAACCGCUACCCUUCUCGAGACGACGAUGCCGGCCACGACGCCACCGACUCCUCGUCCCCGUCCGGCAUCUCGGCCAAGGAGGUAGUGGAGGAUGAGGACACCGAGACCGACAAGGCCGAGAUGGAGCGCCGCUCCUCGGCCGUCCAGGCCCUCGCCCGCUCAUACUCGCGCGCUUCCGUCGCCGCCAACCACCAGAACCCCUUCCUGGCCGGCCCCGACUCGCCCCUCAACCCGGCCUCGUCCAGCUUCAGCGGUCGCGAAUGGGCAAAGGCCGUCGUCGACCUGGUUUCCAGCGACGGCUCCGCCUUUCGCUCCGCCGGCGUCUGCUUCCAGAACCUCAACGUCCACGGCUUCGGCGAGUCCACCGACUACCAAAAAGAUGUCGCAAACGUCUGGCUGUCGGCUGCCGGUUUCGUCCGCCGCCUCAUGGGCUCCGGCCGCCAGCGCAUCGACAUUCUGCGCCACUUCGACGGACUCGUCCGUACCGGCGAGAUGCUCGUCGUCUUGGGGCCACCGGGCUCCGGCUGCUCCACCUUUCUCAAGACCAUUGCCGGCGAGAUGAACGGCAUCUAUGUCGACGACGGCUCCUACUUUAACUAUCAAGGCAUGACGGCCAAGGAGAUGCACUCGAGGCACCGAGGCGAAGCAAUUUACACCGCCGAAGUCGACGUCCAUUUUCCCCAGCUCUCGGUUGGCGAUACUCUCACCUUCGCCGCCCGCGCCCGCCAGCCCCGCCAGCUACCCCAAGGCCUCAACAAGCAUGAUUUCGCAAACCACCUGCGUGACGUCGUCAUGGCCAUGUUUGGCAUCUCCCACACCGUCAACACUCGCGUCGGAAACGAGUACGUUCGCGGCGUCUCGGGUGGCGAGCGCAAGCGCGUCACCAUAUCCGAGGCCGCCCUGUCCGGCGCCCCCCUGCAGUGCUGGGAUAACUCGACCCGAGGUCUCGACUCGGCCAACGCCAUCGAGUUUUGCAAGACGCUGCGGCUGCAGACGGAGCUCUUCAACAGCACCGCCUGCGUCUCCAUCUACCAGGCUCCCCAAAGCGCCUACGAUCUCUUCGACAAGGCCGUCGUUCUCUACGAGGGUCGCCAGAUCUUCUUCGGCCGCGCCGACGCCGCCAAGCAGUAUUUUGUCAACCUCGGCUUCGAGUGCCCGGCGAGACAGACGACCCCGGACUUCCUCACAUCCAUGACGUCCCCGCUCGAGCGCGUCGUGCGCCCCGGCUUCGACGGCAAGACCCCGCGGACCCCCGACGAGUUUGCCGCUGCGUGGAAGAACAGCGCCGAGUACAAGGCUCUGCAGGUCGAGAUUGAAGAGUACAAGGGCGCCCAUCCCAUCGACGGGCCCGAUGCACAGGCCUUUCGCGCCUCCAAGCGCGCGCAGCAGGCCAAGAGCCAGCGGAAAAAGUCUCCCUACACCCUAUCUUACACCCAGCAGGUGCAGCUGUGCCUGUGGCGCGGCUGGAAGCGCCUGACCGGCGACCCCAGCCUGACUGUCGGCGCUCUGAUUGGGAACACGGUCAUGGCCCUCAUCAUCGGAAGCGUCUUCUACAACCUCGACGACACGACGGCGAGCUUCUUCCAGCGUGGCGCCCUGCUCUUCUUUGCCUGUCUGAUGAACGCCUUUGCUUCGGCUCUCGAGAUUCUCACCCUGUACGCCCAACGGCCCAUUGUGGAAAAGCACAACCGAUAUGCCAUGUACCACCCAUCCGCCGAGGCCAUUGCGUCAAUGCUCUGCGACUUGCCCUAUAAAGUCGCAAACUCCAUCGUCUUCAACCUGACCCUCUAUUUCAUGACCAACCUCCGCAGAGAGCCCGGGCCCUUCUUCUUCUUCCUCCUCAUCACAUUUAGCACCGUCCUCGUCAUGUCCAUGAUUUUCCGCACCAUCGCGUCGGCAUCGCGCUCCCUGUUCCAGGCCCUGGUCCCGGCCGCCCUCUUGAUCCUCGACCUCGUCAUCUUCACUGGUUUCGUCAUCCCGAAGAGGUACAUGCUCGGCUGGUGCAAGUGGCUGAGUUAUAUCGACCCCCUUGGCUACGCCUUUGAGGCUCUCAUGGUCAACGAGUUCCACAAUCGCGACUUUAGGUGCACCCAGUUCGUCCCCUCGGCCCAGGCACCCAAUCCUAGUCUGGCCGGCGCGCUGGCCAAGUACGCCAACCUAGGCCCCGACAACAGUGUCUGCAGCGCCGUCGGGGCCGUCAAGGGCCAGGACUUUGUCAAUGGCGACGCCUACACCGAGUCCAGCUUUGAAUACCAGUGGAGUCACCGCUGGCGCAACUUUGGCAUCGUCAUCGCCUUCAUCAUCUUCUUCCUCGCUUGCUACAUGGUCGCCGCCGAGCUCGUCUCCGAGAAAACGUCCAAGGGCGAGGUCCUCGUCUACCGCAGGGGACACAAGCCCGCCGCCGCCAAGCAUGCCGAGAAGAAGCAGCGCGACCCCGAGGCCGCCAUGGCCAACAUCGGCCCCGUCGUCACGGCCGAGAGGAGCCGCGGCGGCGGCGGCAAGGAGGGAGGCCUCCUGCAGGAGCAGACGUCGGUCUUCCAGUGGCACGACGUCUGUUACGACAUCAAGAUCAAGGGCGAGGCGCGGCGCAUCCUGGACCACGUCGACGGGUGGGUCAAGCCCGGCACCCUGACUGCCCUCAUGGGCGUGUCGGGCGCCGGAAAGACGACGUUGCUCGACUGCCUGGCCGACCGCACCUCGAUGGGCGUCAUCACGGGCGAAAUGUUUGUCGACGGCAGGCCCCGUGACAUGUCGUUUCAGCGCAAGACGGGCUACGUCCAGCAGCAGGACCUUCACUUGCAGACGACGACUGUCCGCGAGGCUCUCAACUUUAGCGCCCUGCUGCGUCAGCCUGCCCAUGUUCCCAAGGGGGAGAAGCUCGCCUAUGUCGAGGAGGUCAUCAAGCUCCUCGAGAUGGAAGAGUAUGCCGACGCCGUCGUCGGCGUUCCCGGGGAGGGCCUCAACGUCGAACAACGCAAGCGUCUAACCAUCGGCGUCGAGCUGGCCGCCAAGCCGCCUCUGCUCCUCUUCGUCGAUGAGCCCACCUCGGGCCUCGAUUCGCAGACUUCGUGGGCUAUCCUGGACCUCCUUGAGAAGCUCACGAAGGCGGGCCAGGCCGUGCUCUGCACCAUUCAUCAGCCCUCGGCCAUGCUCUUCCAGCGUUUCGAUCGGCUCCUCUUCUUGGCCAAGGGCGGUAAGACGGUCUACUUUGGCGAAAUCGGCGACAACUCCAAGACGAUGACGAGCUACUUCGAGCGCAACGGCGGGCACCGCUGUCCCGACGAGGCGAAUCCCGCCGAGUGGAUGCUCGAGGUCAUCGGCGCGGCCCCCGGGUCGUCGACAGACAUUGACUGGUUCAACACGUGGCGCGGCAGCGCCGAGUAUAAAGCCGUGCAGGCCGAGCUGGAGAGGAUCAAGCGGGACAAGCAAGAGGUGGCGAGCGACCCCGUCGACGACGACCCCGGCAUGUACCGCGAGUUCGCCGCCCCUUUUGGGGAGCAGCUCAAGGAGAACCUCUUCCGCGUCUUCCAGCAGUACUGGCGCACCCCCGUCUACAUCUACUCCAAGACGGCCCUCUGCACCCUCGUCGCCCUCUUUGUCGGCUUCGUCUUCUUCCGGGCCCCCAACAGCAUGCAGGGCCUGCAGAACCAGAUGUUCUCCAUCUUCCAGCUGCUGACCGUCUUUGGCCAGAUUGUCCAGCAGUCGAUGCCGCAGUUUGUCAUCCAGCGCUCACUCUACGAGGCGCGCGAGCGCCCCUCCAAGGUCUACUCGUGGAAGGUCUUUAUGCUGUCGCAAAUCAUAGUCGAACUGCCCUGGAACAGCCUGAUGGCCGCCAUCAUGUACUUUUGCUGGUACUACCCCGUGGGCCUCCAGCGCAACGCCGUGCCGACGGGUGAGGUGGCGGAGCGCGGCGCCCUCACCUUCCUCUACCUGCUCAUGUUCCUGCUCUUCACCGGCACUUUUUCGACCCUCGUCAUCGCCGGGUUCGAGACGGCCGAGGCGGGCGGCAACCUGGCCAACCUCAUGUUCACCCUCUGCCUCAUCUUCUGCGGCGUGCUGGCCCCGCCCAGCUCCCUCCCCGGCUUCUGGAUCUUCCUCUACCGUGUGUCGCCGUUUACCUAUCUGGUGUCGGGCAUAUUAUCGACAGGCGUCGCCAACACAGCGGUCGAGUGCGCCGACAACGAGCUCCUCAAGCUUGAGCCUUUGGGCAACCAGACGUGCGGGGACUUUUUGUCCCCCUACGAUAAGAUCUACGGCGGCCGCAUCAUAAACCCCAGCGCCGACGCCGGGUGCCUGUACUGCCCGGUCGCCAACACAAACACCUUCCUCGCCGGGGUGAGCAGCAGCUACAGCGAUCGGUGGCGCAACUUUGGCAUCCUCUGGGCCUAUGUAAUCUUUAAUAUAGCGGCGGCGCUCUUUGUCUACUGGCUGGCGCGCGUGCCCAAGAGGAAGCUCGGCGCAGGCAAGAAGAAGAAGGAGUAA